AUGGGCCGUUCACAGCCCCUCAAAGUCAUGAAGAAGCUGAAAAAGGUGCAAGCGAUCAGUGAGCGCACCGGGAAGCCGAAGAUCGUUCGACAAGACCGAGGUCGUCUGGCUGCGAUCAAGGCAUCAAAGAUGACCAAAGCAGAGUGGCUCCGCUACCAGACCGCAAAGUACAAGGAAGCCUGGCCAAAGCCCGACUAUAUGUUCGAGCCACGCAAGGAGGGCCUUGUGCGCGACGGUGGCGAGGGGGCAUACAGGUGGCAAACGUUUGAAUUGGUCACACGCUGGACGUCCGAGACAAAGCUCGAGUAUCGUCCCCACGCCAAGGCUCCUGGAUCCAAGAGCCACGUGCGCUACGAGCGCUACUCCAAGGCCAAGACAGUUGGCCAGUCCCUGGCGCUCGGAGCCUACCCGAUCGAUUGGAUUUACGACUAUGAGCACGGCUUUAUUAAGGUCACUGGUGGGAAGAUUCGAGAUGAGCCGAUUGACAGGUCGAAGGUUGAGCAUGACGACCAGCUCACCGCGGUGGACAAUGCCUUGGAAUCCUGGUUCAUCAGAGAGCUUUGCCGCAGGUGCAAGCUGGAGCGAUGGCAGCUGACCCUUGAGAAAGGAUGCACGGAGAGUGUGUUCGUCAGGGCCCACCGACUGGUCGCCAACCGCAAGGCGGAUGAGAUCUUGAAGAAGGCCGCCAAGCAGCGACGUGCUGUGUCCUCUGAAGAGGUCACGGACAUCUUGAAAGCCUGGAGCUUCUCAAAGAACCCUUUCAGGGUGAACGUCAUGCCAGAAGGGCAGAAGUUCGUGAAGAGCGACACCCUGGGCCUGCUGAGAGAUCGAGGCGGCAGACUGAUCGUGACCAGGCCUGCGCGCGAGUAUCCGAACGUGGCCAAGCUGAUCGCCCGCUGGUUGCAUGGCAAGCUGCCGAAGCAAGCCAAGCAGUUCAAGUUCACGAGUUUGAAUCUGAACUGCAACUACGCUGCUCGCCGCCACCGAGACGGCAACAACUUCGGGCCCAGCAUGAUCAAGGCCUUCGGAGAGUUCACCGGGGGCGAGCUCUCCGUUUGGCCUGAGGAUGACAAGAGUGGGAACUUGAAGUCCCUGCCCGAGAACAAGAAGCUCACGCUGGACAUCUCCAAGAACCUGGCCCUGUUCAAUGGCAACACUGCACACGAGGUUGCGGACUUCGAGGGAAAUCGAUUCUCCGUGGUGUACUUUACAGCCGGCUGCCACUCGAAGAUGCCAGACGAUGUCCGUCAGCAGCUCAAGGAGCUUGACUUCAUGCUGCCGAAGACGACGGAGAAGCGCUACAGCGUGCUCAGAGCGCCAACUGGUUACUUCUCGAAGGUUUCCAAGGCCAAAGGGCCAGCGGUCAUGAGCUGGCGCGUGAAGUAG